CCGGUAAAACUCCUUCCUCUUCUUUUUCUUGCGCAUAAUCGCAGAAAAUCCCAAGUGCUCAUCAAUCGAUUGAUUUUGAGGAAUUUUCUCUUCUUUUUCCUUUUUCAAAUUUGAAUAAAAAAAUGCCUAAACAGGAAACUUGGAUUGGCAUUCCCGGUGAUGGGAGAUGUUUGUUCCGGUCAGUAAUUCGCGGCGCUUGGCUGAGUUCAGGCAAGCAGUCUCCGACUGAGAGCCGCCAGAAGGAUCUUGCUGAUGAACUCAGAGCUAAAGUUGUAGAUGAAUUCAUCAAGAGGCGAGCCGACACCGAAUGGUUCCUCGAGGGUGAUUUCGACAACUAUGUCUUGCAGAUGCGGCAGCCUCAUAUCUGGGGAGGAGAACCCGAGCUGCUCAUGUGCUCACAUGUCUUACAGACCCCUAUAACAGUUUACAUGAAGGAUAAGAAUUCCGGUACCCUCAAAAUUAUAUCCGAGUACGGUCAGGAAUACAGUAAAGAAAACCCCAUCCGAGUUCUAUAUCACGGUUGCGGGCACUAUGAUGUAUUGAUGAGUCCAGUAAGCAGUGCCUCUUCUAGACUGUGGAAGAGAAGAUGACUUGGGGAUAAUUGCACUGCAAAAUGGGUGAUGCUAGGCCUUAUGUACUCUAAAUAAUCUUAUGUGAAAUGGUCUAUUGAAAAUUUGAUCAUGUGAUUCAGAUUAAUGGUCCUUGACCGUAUGAAUGAACCCUUAA